CACCGACCACCUGAAGAAUAUUCCAAAUAAGAGGUAGACAAGGGAAAAACUGUCAAUGGUCUUCAUCACUAACUAAUUUUGAAAGAGUGGAGAUCGAUAUGUCACUGAGAGAGUUAAAAGUUUGUCUCCUGGGGGAUACUGGCGUUGGAAAGUCAAGUAUUGUUUGGAGAUUUGUAGAGGACAGUUUUGACCCAAAUAUCAACCCCACAAUUGGGGCAUCCUUCAUGACCAAGACAGUACAAUAUCAGAAUGAGCUGCACAAGUUCUUGAUUUGGGACACAGCAGGACAGGAGCGGUUCAGAGCUCUGGCACCUAUGUAUUACAGAGGUUCAGCAGCAGCCAUCAUUGUUUACGACAUUACUAAAGAGGAGUCCUUCCAAACACUGAAGAAUUGGGUGAAGGAGCUGCGUCAACACGGCCCUCCAAAUAUUGUUGUAGCUAUUGCUGGCAACAAAUGUGACCUGUCAGACGCCAGGGAAGUUCUAGAGAAGGAUGCCAAGGACUAUGCUGAUUCCAUCCAUGCCAUCUUUGUAGAAACCAGCGCCAAGAAUGCCAUUAACAUCAACGAGGUGUUUAUAGAGAUAAGUAAGCGCAUCCCUGUCGCAGAUGCAGCUGGAGGAACUUCAGGGAAAGGCUUCAAACUGGGACGGCAGGCGUCAGAGUCUCGGAGGACGUGCUGCUGAUGAUGCCGGUCCCUGACUUCAUGUAACCUGUGACCUGACCUUACUUAACCCCCCUCCCUCACCUGCUUGAACUUACAGUUAGCCCACGCCUUCAGUCAGCCUGCCGCCACUGAACGCUGGGUGCAAAAUAGUACUCAAUAACAGAAAGUCAAUAUGCAUUGUCUGAAAUUGCUGGCAAGAGACAUGCGUUUCUGAGCAUUGAAGGAAGUGCUUGCCUAAAAGUGUUAAUAUGUUCGACCCCCACACAAACAUAUAUAUGUAGCCUGUGUUCGGUGUAUAACAGCCCUAUCUCAGGCCACUUUCAGUCACAAAUUCUUGAAUUCAAAUAAUUUUUACUUGUAAAUUUGUACAUGUUUAUGAUAUUUCACCCAUAAAAUAAUGGGUUAAAUCUUCACAAAUAUUUUGAUACAGUAGUAGUUAAGUUAUUUCGUUUUUUUUUUUAAGAUAACUAAACAUUUUUCAGUUUCUUGAAGGAAAUGCUUCCACAGUUAAUGUGCACAGAUGCAGAUGUUGAUUAAACAGAUCAUCUUAGUCAUUGUUUAUACAACUGUCUCAUCUCAGUGUUUGCUCCUUGGAAGUAUAUUUGGAAAGAUGUUCUACACUUGAAGAGGAUUGUACACACUAAAUUUACAAUCUUCUUAUGCAAUUACUAUUUUCAUUAAGAUUUUUGAGUAAAUGGGUGUUUUAAAGUAAAAUAGAGUCGCACAGUAUAAAAUGCAGAGUAGAAAAAGCCUCCUUUAUUUUGUAUGAGUCAUGACUUUGACUUUGUUUUCAUCUGUCUUUGGCUUGCAAAGGAAUUCUGAUUGUCUGUAGCCUCAGAGGAUGAUAAAUCGUCGUAAUAUCUCAUCUCUGUGAUGAGAGGAACCUGACAGUCCACAUCUGUAUGAUGCUUUAAUCAGGACUGAAAAUGCUGAAUUUGCUUGUAACUUCAAGUUUCAUCACAGUUCCAGCUUCUCACACAUGUUCCACAUUUCCACUUGUAAUUGCUUUAAAAGUAUUAACAGAAUCCUGUAUAUGAAAGCCACCUUGCCAGUUGUUUCACAAAAUUACAUUUGCUUUUUUUCCUCUAAUCUCAUUUUAAGUGUUUGCUGGCGAGCCUGUCUGUCUUUAAUCUAUUUUGCUGCUACUUUACAACACUUUUACAGGGGGUGGUGAUUUUUGUGAGAGGUUGCCAACUCUUUACUUGUCCCAUAAACAUUUUUUCAACUUUCCUUUUUUUAACACAAUCAGCACUGGCUUGCUCACCCAAUGUUGUUUUACUGUCUGGCCUAUGAUGAAAACAAUGAGAUGUGGAAACUAGACCUCAUUCGGAGGAAACUUGAAGAACUUAAACCCACCGUUAGCAGAGGGCUACAGACACAGAAUCAGAUGUGGCAUUGUGUUGACACGUUGACCCCUUAAUGAACCUUUAGUCUCCAUUCUGCUCUACACUACUGGAUGUGUUUUGUUCCAUGAUCUGCUCUCCAGUUUUCCUUUGUUUCAUUUUUGUUCUGCUUCAUUCCUAUAAACUCUAGACCCCCACUGUCAGGCCAGCCUUUAUUUUAUUUCAAACAAGUGAAACACAGGAUCUUUGGCUUUUAGCUACCCUAUCAUCAUGUUUUAUGCGAUACAAUCAAUUUAUUUGCCUCUUAUAUUGGCCUUGACUCAUGAUUCCCCACACUUUACUCUGUGGAAUUUCAUGCUCAUCUCCAACUCUUUGGCUUCAAACCUCUUUUCAAAUUUGCCAAAAAAAAAAAAAAAGAUAUAUGUUAAGUUAGACUGUAUUUGCACAUCACAAAUCAUAUAAUUUCUGCACUUUUCUGUCAGCGCAGAUGACUUUAUAUGCCUUGAAGCAUCUUAAAUGUAGCUGUAAAGAGAUGUGCUACCUAUAUUUCAGGAUUUGUCAGUACAGUGCAAUAGUUGAUGACAAAGUUAAAAUGUGACCUAAUCCAAGGAUUAUUGAGCGUUACUGCAUAUUCACAUAUUCUGGAUAUACAAUCCUAACACAGAUGAUCGUAACAGUUUUCUAUGGACCUCAUUUUAUGCUGAUUUGAUGGCAUGUCAGCUCAUUGAUGUCAAAUGACAGUGCCAUUCAGGGUCAAAACCUAAAGUUGUGAUUAGCUUUUGAUUAACUUCCCUAUGAGGCCUGCACUACAUCAGGAUGCUAGCUUCACCUACAAUAAUAUAUACUAUAGCUAAAGCAAUUCUGUUAAAAGGGAAUCGCUCUGGUACCUUAAAAGCUGCACUUUGACUGAUUGUUUGUAUUAACUAGCCCACAGUACUAACACUCUCUCCUGUCUGCCAUUAUCUGUGUGAAAUCACACAUGAAAUAUUUUUAAUGACCCUUGCUGUUAUUUAGGUCUUGACUGUUUGCUCAGUUCUUAUUACUGUGAAGAACACGGUGCCAAAUAAUGUCAGUCAGUUUAUUACACCUCGCAUAAUUACCUUUUUUUUUUUUUUUAUUGUUUAUGUAUAAGUUAAAUUCCUAAUCACCUAAUUGCUUAAAAAUGUUGAGGCUUGAUGAUAAUGACAUGUUUUCCCAUAUUUGGAAAUGUAAGGCAGAAGUAGAAAUGGUUUGCCAGAUUUGCAUUGAAAAUUACAAACAGUCUUGGGCUGGCCCUGGGAAUGUGAUUAAUCUAUAUUAUGUAUAUUUUUCAGUGUAAAUAUCUAUACACCAUCAGUUUGCACACAAAUCAGUUACUAUAUUCUAAUCCAUUUGUGUGACCACAAAUAGACUUAGAUUUUGCAGUAAUACCAUUAUCAACAGCACUAUAGUUAACCAUAUUUAGCUUUUUAUUAUGUUUCAUAUUGAUUGUAACAAAUGCUUGAAAACACGUGUUGCAGUGUGUUUCCA